GGUGUUCAGUGCACGGAAACAAAAACUGUGCGGGGAAUGCUAUUAUAAUACUGUUCCGGAUUUACCUGAAGCUCGAAGGAACGGUCAUUUCCAUUCGUUCAAAGCCCGGGCCCAAGAGCAGCAGAAGGCGGCAUUAAAAAAUGGCCAGCAACAAGAAAAGGAAGAUAGACAAUCCCGGAUCCCCGCCCAUGUUGAGCGCCUUUGCCGCCCGACAGAGUCUCUGGGACGUCUUGUCUUCUCCUGGCGCCGAUGCUACCAAGAACCAGAAUCAGGACCAGAAGGCUGCCGAGACAGCUGUGGAAUUGCAAUUGUCUGCUGCAGAGUCUCAGACUGGCAAAGCUCGCACUGGCUCGGCAUUGCCGGCGCGACCAGAAUCAAGUCGCAGAGCCAAAGGCAAGCGCCAGUCUGUGCAAGAUGACGAUUCCUACACCUUGCAUACAGAGAAACCAAGCCAAGCCUUCAAGAAGGAGACUGGAAACUCAGACUCGGUGCCAUCAACGCCAACCCUGACCCCAAUUAGCCUGGGGCCGACACGUCCCGAAUCCAGGAGGCGAACGAGCACGCACUGCUCGUCCUUCAAACCGACCAAGGCAAAUUACCAAGACAAGGCAGACGGCCGUGUCUUACUGAACGCCGCUGAAGGAGAGCGUUUGGUUGUUCAUGGGAGCUAUGGCAUCCGGGUCCGCCAGGGCGAAGCUACCAUAGCCGGCGCCGUCCUGUCGGCUUCUGACUCCAUCUACUGGGUGUAUGCUCCCCACUGCCAUGCAAUCCCUGUUCUCAGGACUACCGAAGACUCCAUCAUCGAGCUCCAUCCCCAUCCGGCUUCCAAAGAACUCAGGCGGCUCGCAAAGCUCAGCCCCCUGUUUGGAAAUAUUUGGAACGAAGAGUCGCCAACUAUCCGUAUCUCUGAAAAAGCCUCAAAGGCUGAUGCCACCUUCCAGAUAAUAUUCACAUUGGAGGACAGCCCGAAGAGAGCCGUCCUCCACGACCUGGUCUCCCCCGCUGAGUGGAACAGGAAGCUCGCCGGACUUGUAGCCUCAAGAAAGAAAACCCCGCCAGUCGUUUUCUUAUGCGGACCCAAAUCAUCGGGGAAGUCGACAUUCGGAAAGCUACUGGCAAAUCGACUUCUGACAGGCCAGGGACAAAGCUCGAAGAGGGAGUCGUGGUUGCCCGUAUUAGUUCUCGAUCUUGACCCAGGGCAGCCCGAAUACGCGCCUCCAGGUGUUAUCUCGCUGUACAAAAUAUUACUUCCCAACCUAUCCCCCUCGUUCUGCCACCCUACCCCUUAUCUCGAGCACACAGCUGCCGGGGCAGCAGGUGGCCACUGUCAGCUGAGAGCUCACGCCAUUGCAGCCGUCACUCCGGCUCACGAUCCAGGUCACUUCAUCGAGUGUGCCUUGGAACUUUUCUCACACUACCAACAAAGGUUUUCCAGUAGCAACGGCAACAGCAACGGAUACCCGCUCGUGGUCAACACCCCUGGGUGGAUCCAGGGCACUGGCCUUGAUAUACUAUCUGAGCUCGUCAGAGAAAUUCGCCCCACCGAGGUUAUUUAUAUGUCCCAAGACGGGCCAGAGGAGACGGUGGACAGCCUUCAAUCUGUCUGCCGGGGCAACGGCAUCAGCAAUGUCAUCCCGUUCUAUACCCUUCCCUCCCAGCCAAGUGAAGUUACACCGUCGCGGACUUCGCUGCAUUUACGCACCAUGCAAACCAUGUCAUACUUCCACCGCAACUGGUACUCUCCAAGUACCAGCCCUCGGCAGCAACAGCAACAGCAGGCCUGGAAUGCCGUGCCCCUGACCGAGCGGCGGCCGUGGAGGGUCCGGUACCGCGGCGCCGACCGUGGAUUCGUUGGCGUGCUCUGCUACGACCACCAGCCCGCGCCGGAACUGCUGGCUGAUGCCAUCAAUGGAAUGGUCCUGGCGUUGGUGCAUGUGGAAAACCCCGCUGCGUUUCGGGAUUUUCUCGGUGUAGCGGACCCGUCGCAGGACGGCGGUAGUGACGACGGCAGUAACGUGAAUGGUAACAGCAACAACAACACCGAUACACAAGAAGAAAUCAGCGGCGAAGUCCCCUUGAUACCCAACCCGCAGGGAUGCACGCUGGACCCCCGCUAUUGCCACGCCCUUGGCCUGGUACUCGUCCGCGGCAUUGACAGGCAGCGCGGUGAGCUGCAGUUACUUACGCCGCUGCCGAGUGACGUGAUACUUCCCGCGACUGCUACUGGAGGCAAAGAUCUUGUCUUGGUGGCAGGGAAGUUCGAUACGCCGAGCUGGGCCUACGCCGAGGACUUGCAUUAUCGCGGCUCGUCCUCACUACGUGUUUCAACCGCUCCCACGACAACAAGUCAAGCUCGAACAUCUCUCAGCGACAAAGACGGAGAUAGCAGCAGUUCAGCCGAAGGCGAGGAAAGCUCGGCCGAGGAAGGAGUCAGUGGCUCCACGGCACAAAGCAGCCAGCAUACCGAGUUCCCGUGGGUGGAAAUGCUUCACGGCAGCCAGAAACGGUCAGCCGGGUCGCGCGUAUGGCGCGUGAGGAGGGAUCUCGGCCGUAAUUGACAGCGUGCAAAGCGAAUAUAAGAAAGUUCUUUGACGUUCAACGUUCCUUUAUUCCCCGUGAGCAUUUAAAGAGAGAAGCAGCUGCGUCCCGCCAAGCUAUGCAACAUAUAUAAACAUCAAGGUAUUAAUGUUCUCCAGAUGCUAAUAUGUCGCUCCGAUGUUAAGUGACCACGAAACGAUAUGUCCUUACACUGCGAAUCCCCCCACCCCCCAACUCACGAACAUUGCGAGUAGUAUGCAUUGAUGGCCUUGCAGGAAAGCCCUGGUGCACACUGGGUGCAACCGCUGAAGCUGGAGCCACCGCAUUGUGCCCAUUGAGCCGCAGAGCAGCCGUCAGUCUGGC